UUAACACUUAAACUCUUCAGAGCUCUUAUUUACGCUCUCACAGAACAUUUCCCCUUUAGUUCUCAGAAAUAAACCCUUCAGUGGUACCAAGAAGAACUAAUGGGUCUGAGAUCAGUUUAACAUCUUAAAUGCAUCAUGGAGGUGAGAAGAGGAACUGGACAUUCACACAUUUGUCUUCUUCCUCUCUUUAACACCUCACUGUCAGAAACCUUAAUGUUUACAGUCUGUUGCUGUUCACUCUGAACGUUUUGCUGUUUAAACCGAGAAGACAUUCAUUUUAAAAGUUAUAUUUCUGUAAUCCUUGAACCUUUGGACCAUUCUGUAUAAUCAGUUCAGGUUGCUGUGACCUCUGACAGGACUGACUGCAUUUCCACCAUGUCUAAACUAGAUUAGGUUAAAAAAAACCUAACCAUCAGUCAGUUUAAGGAAGUUAGGUGACGUCAUGCGAGUCAGAGGAAGUAGAUGCUCCAUUUCUCUACCAGAGUCAGUCACACAGCAGGAGGACUGAGAACAAGAGACGCUCGAUGGCUGAAUUCAGCUGGAUUACAAUGUUUUUCUUACUGAUGUGAACCUUUACAGCAGCAGCAGCUCACCAAAGGUCUGAUGUUGUUGUCAGAGAUGGAGAUGAAGUCACUCUGCCUGCUGAAUGUUUUAGAAACAUGAUGAAAACCUGUGAGAAAACUACCUGGUUAUUCACUGGUCAAAAACAUACAACAGAACCACUGUUUGAACAUGGGAAGUUUCAACAAGCUGCCAGAACUAAAUCAGACAGACUGAAUGUUACAGCAAACUGUUCUCUGGUUAUAAAGAAGGUCUCAGUGGAGGAUGUUGGUCUUUACAUCAGCAGACAGUUUGAUGCAUCAGGAAGAGAUCAAAGAUCAGACUUCAAUGUCCAUCUGUCUGUUGUUAACAUUUCUGAACAGAAGAACAGUGAUGAAACCAUCCUGAUCUGCUCUGUGUUGACAUAUGGAGGAUGUUCACACACAGUGAAGUGGCUGUAUGAUAACAAAGAUGCUGAAAAUAUCAAAAUAAAUCCACCUCAGUCUGCCUGUUCAGCCAGUGUGAGCUUCCCAACUUCUCCUCAUGUUUUAACAUCUAAGAGAUCUGAGGUGUUCAGGUGUCAAGUUAAACCUAACAGAGGAGACAUGAAGGAGUUUACCUUCAGGAUUUCACCUCUGAGAGAUAAACCAGGUACGACACAACCAACUAAAGUGAUGCAAACUUCAACAACUACAACAAUUAAAGCAACAACAACAACGACCACUACAGCAAAACCUACAUCAAAGAUGCCAACAGCAGAACCUGGAAAAAGAACAUCAAUCAAACCCACAACAGGAAGUGCUUUUUUAAACGACGUCUGGAAAACCAUUGCAGCAGCUGUUGGUUCUGUUCUGCUUGUAACGGUUGUUGCUGUAGCAAUCGGAUGGAGAAAAACUAAAGGAAACAAAACAUGGAAGAAUAAAAACACUUGGUUUCACUUUAUCCAGGAACAGAACUUGAUCCCUGCAGGGAUUCAGUCUCUAGGAGGAUCCAAUCAGAACAUGGAUGAUCCUGAAGGUGGUGUUGCCUACGCCUCCAUCAGCUACAUCAAGAAGACCAACAGCAACAUCAAUGUCCAGGAUAAAGAUGAUGAAGAUGGAACAGUGACCUACAGCACUGUGAAAGCUUCUUCCUCUGCUGCUGCAGCCUCUGAUCAUCACAGCAACCUCUAUGCUACCGUCAAUAAACCAAAACAGUGUGUGUUUUCUCUUUGAGUCCAGAAGAGGGUGCUGUCGGACAAAGAAAUCUGCAGGAUUAACUGAGGACUUCUAUGUUGGACCUCAGUCAUGCCUGAAUGGAUCAGUACCUCAUCCUUAUGUUGUAUUCAACCUAUGACCAUCAUCAGCAACUGUUGCUAUGCUUGAUGUCUCACAUUGAUUGUAAUUUCAUCUGAACACAUUACUUACAUCAGUAAUAAUGUUUUAAAAAUCUUCAGAGAUGGUGAGUUUGAUUCAGAUCCAGACUUUUGUUGCCAAAACUAGACUAAGACUUGUGCUCUGAAGACUUGAGACUUGACUUUGGUUUCUAGUCUGAGACUCGAGUCACAGUAAUAAUCUUUAUCUCACAUUAGGAGACCCUCCAAACCCUAUAAGCUGCACUUAAUACUGAGGGAAUACAGGGAUUAACAGAUGUUAACUGAG